UGAACGCCAUGUCAUGUACGAAUCAUGAUACAUACACAGAGAAAGACAGCUUGAAACACUGAAUAACGCGCAAAGUUGAUCUCUGUCAGUAGUUCUUCACUGAAGCCAUUGGCCAUUGUCGUUGCCAUUGCCCAACCAAUUUACUACUCUCUCCCUCUCUUUAGGGUUUCGGGGGAUCUAAAAAAGAAGAACCUUUCUUCAUAACUCGGGCAUCAAUUCUACUGUUUUGCCCUGGAAACGCUUGAAAUCGAGCAAUUAAGGGGUUUGGAAUGAAGUGUUGGGAAUGGUUAGAAGGUUGAUUGUUUAACAUUGAGGCGAGGAGAUGGAUUCUGCAAGGAGUUGGCUUCAGAAGUUCCAGCCUCGAGAUAGAACCAGGGCUGCUGCGAAGAAGAAGGAGGAGGAUAGUAUUGGAGGAAACGAGGAUUUGAAUGCGGCGGUGGAUGAAGCAGUGCUUUCCAGUGUCACGAAACAGAAGGUGGCCGCAGCAAAGCAGUACAUUGAAAAUCAUUACAAGGAGCAAAUGAAGAACCUUCAGGAGAGGAAAGAGCGUCGAACCAUCUUGGAAAAGAAGUUGGCUGAUGCUGAUGUCUCUGAGGAGGAUCAAAACAACCUGCUUAAAUUUUUAGAGAAAAAGGAAACUGAAUAUAUGCGCCUUCAGAGGCAUAAGAUGGGUGUUGAUGAUUUUGAGUUAUUAACAAUGAUAGGAAAAGGAGCAUUUGGAGAGGUCAGAGUCUGUAGGGAGAAGACUAGUGGUCAUGUGUAUGCAAUGAAGAAGCUAAAAAAAUCAGAGAUGCUCCGCAGAGGCCAGGUUGAGCAUGUUAAAGCUGAAAGGAAUCUCCUCGCAGAGGUUGACAGCAAUUGCAUAGUCAAACUUUAUUGUUCAUUCCAGGAUGCUGAAUAUUUGUAUCUUAUUAUGGAGUAUCUACCGGGUGGGGAUAUGAUGACUCUACUAAUGAGAAAGGAUACCUUGACCGAAGAUGAAGCCAGAUUUUAUGUUGGAGAAACUGUUCUGGCUAUUGAAUCUAUACAUAAACACAAUUAUAUACACAGGGAUAUCAAGCCAGACAAUUUGUUACUUGAAAGAUACGGGCACUUGAAAUUGUCAGAUUUUGGACUUUGUAAACCAUUAGAUUGCAAUACACUUGAAGAAAAGGAUUUUUCUGUGGGUCAGAAUGUGAAUGGAACUCCACAAAACGAAGAGCGGAUAACUCCUAAACGUUCACAACAAGAACAACUUCAACAUUGGCAAAUGAACAGGAGAACACUUGCUUAUUCCACAGUUGGUACACCAGAUUAUAUUGCUCCAGAAGUUCUUUUGAAGAAAGGUUAUGGGAUGGAAUGUGAUUGGUGGUCACUUGGAGCGAUUAUGUAUGAAAUGUUGGUGGGAUAUCCACCUUUUUAUUCUGAUGAUCCGAUGUUGACUUGUAGGAAGAUUGUAAAUUGGAAAGCUUAUUUGAAAUUUCCUGAAGAAGCUAGGCUGUCCCCAGAAGCUAAAAAUCUUAUUAGUAAACUUUUGUGUAAUGUAAAUCAGAGGCUGGGGUCAAAUGGUGCAGAUGAAAUAAAGGCUCAUCCAUUCUUCAAAGGUGUUGAAUGGGAUAAGCUGUAUCAUAUGGAAGCUGCAUUUAUUCCUGAGGUCAAUGAUGAGUUAGACACUCAAAAUUUUGAAAAGUUUGAUGAGUCUGACAGCCAAAGUCAAUCAUCGUCAAGAUCUGGUCCAUGGAGGAAGAUGCUUUCAUCUAAGGACUUAAAUUUUGUUGGAUACACAUACAAGAACUUUGAAAUUGUCAACGAUUAUCAAGUCCCUGGGAUGGCUGAACUGAAAAAGAAACAAUCCAAACCAAAGAGGCCAACCAUCAAGUCACUUUUCGAAACACCAGAGCAAGAGUUGUCCGACACAUCUGCUCAAGGAAGCUUUUUAAAGCUCUUGCCACCCCAGUUAGAGGUAUCUCGCAGAGACAAGAAUCUUCCUCCCAGGUCCUAACAAGCUUCUCGCGUGAUCUAUCCACUGACACAGUAGGAAUCAUAACUCAGCAUUUUAACCAUUUCCACCUUUAAAAUUUCACUCUUUGAUGCGUUUGAAUUUGUUCUUCAUUACACUAAUGGCUUGGACCAGUCUCGUCAGUGGCUCGCAACUAUUGAUUUGUAAAUCUCUUACUCCUCACCACCUCCCUUGUUACACAUGCUACACUAAAACAUACACCCAUUGUCUAUCAAUACUUCAUACCAUGUAUAUUCGCGUUCUCUUUUACAUUAAUGAUACCAAAGCAUUUAUCCAUGUAUCAUUGGAGUGUAGUAUAUAAGAACAACAUCUAUUUACAUUUUUUUUUUAAAUAUCAUUAAUUUGUAAGGGUUAUGGUUCGUUUA